AAACGCGUCAACACAGCACAAGCACGGCAGCGCGUCCUGUGGUUGAAGCAUGGAUGUACCGAUGAAAGAACAGGAGGAAAAUGCGCGCCAGCCCGAGGGCUCCGAGCCCGUUCCUGCAAAGGAAAUCGCCAAACAAAAGACCAUGGAACGGCUGAAAAAGUCUGCUAAAAUGGCCGAAAAAUUGCAGAGAAAACGCAAGACUCAAGAAACAGACGAAACGACGGAUCUGUUGGAGGAAGAACAAUCGGUUGCGGACCAUGAUCUAGUGCCGUUGCCACAGCCGAAUGUGGAGACAUUGCUGCAUGGACAAGAAGAUAAAAAACGGACGCGUUCAUUACAGGCGUUGCCCGACUGGAUCGCCAAUCCUACGGUGGUUGCUCCCAGUACGACAGUGCAGUUUGCCGAAUUGGGUCUGUCAAAAAGGUUGGUGGAAUUGCUUGCACAAAACAACAUCACACAAGGCUUUGCCGUGCAAGCUGGUGUUAUUCCGCUAUUGCUGCAAUCAAGUAACAAGUCGAUUCAACGUGCUCAUGCACCAGGUGACUUGUGCGUCAGUGCUGCCACCGGUAGUGGAAAGACACUGGCGUAUGUAUUGCCCAUUAUCGAGUGUUUGAGAACGUGCAUCGUUACACGACUUCGUUGUGCCGUUGUUGUUCCCACUAAAGAGCUAGUUGUUCAAGUGGCCAAGAGCUUUGAGCAGUACUGCAGCGGCACGAAACUCCGAGUGUGUGCUCUGACGGGCCAACGGAGCUUGGCUUUCGAACAAUCUCUGUUUUUGAGUCCGAACGGAAAAGACUAUAUAGCUGAUAUAAUGGUAACGACGCCCGGUCGUUUCGUCGAUCACAUACGCUCAACCCCAAACUUCACUCUACAGCAUCUGCGCUACCUGGUGGUAGAUGAGGCGGAUCGUCUACUGGAUCAAAGUUUCCAAGGUUGGGUAAAUGCUGUGAUGGAGGAGCUUGAGCGGCCUAAAGUUUUGCAGGGGAUCGAUAUGCAUGGUCUCAGUGGCAUAGAACGUCUGCCGGGUGCCGAUAGUAACUCAGGCUGCAACAUCGCGUCCACAUACCUGCCAAAUAUGCCAACCCUGCUACCUCAAAAAACAGCACCUUGUCUACAAAAACUUGUGUUCUCGGCCACACUCACACGUAACCCAGCCAAAAUAUCGGCGCUCCGACUUGUUCGUCCUCGCUUGCUCGUUGUGCAAGACCCGUCAGUGAGCAUGGAGCCAGAUGGUGACGAGGAGGACACCGUGUUGUUUAGCUUACCUGCUGCCCUUCAAGAGCACCAUGUUGGAGUUACAGCCGAAAAGCCCCUGUUAUUGUAUCAUUUGUUGCGGACACAACAGCUGCAGAACACUCUCUGCUUCACAAAGUCAAACGAAAGUGCAGCUCGUUUGUAUCGGUUGCUCGAGCUGCUGGAUAAGGGGAGUUCCGAGCCGCUACGUGUGGGUUUGUUUGCCGGUAUUUUAACCCGUGCUGACCGACGUCGCAUCCUCACACAGUUUGCCGAGAGCAACUUGCAGCUGCUUGUGUGUUCAGACUUGAUGGCCCGUGGUGUGGAUUUACCAAGCACAGAGAAUGUCAUCAAUUACGACCCACCAUCGGGCACACGGCAAUAUGUCCAUCGUAUCGGACGUUGUGCACGCGCUGGUCGUGAAGGACACGCAUGGACCCUCGUGCAGGACCAUGAGGGUUUCCACUUUUCCUCCAUCGUGCGUCGGCUCACGCGGACGCUGCCUGUACAGAGGAUGCGUCUCACUUUACCGAACGUCGACCCCGUCCUCGUCAAAAAGUACGACGAUGCGCUUUCAACACUCAAAUCUGAAGUGUACGAAGCAAAACAUGCACACAAUUGAUACGUUCAACUGCGAUAAAAUAAAACUUUUUGGGAAAUGGAAAUAGGGCGAGUGCUGCUGAAGAGAGGGUGGUCAACUAUGGUUGUUUUACGCAAUGGUAAUUGUAGACUAAAAAAAUAGAGACAUUUACUACUUUGUCAGAAAACAGCAUACUCUCAAUCCUAUAAUUCCA